UGGUUGUGUUUAUCCUCACAAUAACCAUGCAAGUGACUCACUUGAAGUGAGGUUAGUUAGAUUGAGCCGGUUAGGAGGAAGCUUGGCCCGUUGAACGUCUGUCUGUCAGUGUCACACCACACCACACGCAGGCCUUGAAGGCACCAGAGCCCUGUGCCAGAGGUCGCGACCUGGUAGGCGAUAUGACCCACCCACGCCCCCGCGAUUGCUACAGAGAAUGAGCGCGUCGUGUGUUCACUCUGCACGAGCGAGGCAGAAGAAGCCAAAGCAAAACAGCAGCCUCGCUCGCCUGGGGUUCCCGCUGAGCGCGGUUGCCAUGACAACAACCUCCCCUGGGCGGCCUAGGUCUCGCCUUGCUCCUGCGCUGCCCCUUCUCCUCCGCCCAGGCUUUUUUUCUUCUCCUUUACCCAAUCCGGAGUCCAGCACGGCCCCACCGAGGGGCAUGAUGUAUGUAACGAGCUACGCGCUCCCGACCGAGCUCCCUCCUCCGCCUCUAAUGCCGCCGCCACCGCCUUGGGCUCCAAUGGCAACCGCGUCUCACUUGCCUGGGCGCGGCUGGCAGGGCGGCGGCGGCGGCAGCACCAGUGACCGGGGCGGCAGCGGCAGCAGCAGCCGAGGCAUGAGAGCGACGGCCGGGGAGCAACUGGAGCCGAGGGCUGGGGACUCGGGAAGCCGGAUCUAUGAGGAGCACGAGGAAAGGGGGCAACCACCCUGGAAGAAAUUUGUGUAUGUGGAACCACCAAGGAGGGUGAAGGAAGUGCUUGAGGAAGAACUUUAUUUCCGCAGAGAUGAGUGCCGAAUCAAACACCCUUCAGAAGUGGCUUUGGAAGGAAUUUGGAGUCUGAAAAGGAAUUUCCCUGUGGGAGGCUUCAAGCUGGCAUCGCAGAAUGAAAGCACCUUACUUUCCCAGCCUAAGUACUACUCCAGGCAUGCAAUCAUAAGAAGAUAGCCCCUCUGAAAAGCAGCAUCACUCCUGAUGGAAGGCAUAGGAAGAAGGCAAACCUACAAUUGUUUUUUGUGUUCACAUGCAAAGUACUAUAUUUUAGAACUUGUACAAUAGCUUGUAAAAUAAACUUUGAAGCUGUG